CGUCAGCCACGCUGUCUGGACGACUCCAGUUUCCGUUGAACGUAGAAGACAUGCUUCGCGCGGCCAGCGAAUCCGAGUGAAUAGUUCGGCAUUUCAAGAAGGGAAACAGAGUGCAGCAGACAGCCACAAACUAUAAUACCAGGUUCUUUCCCCUGAUGGCUCUAGUGAUUACUUGUCCACUGUGGUGCGAGGAAGAAACUGGUCCCAAGAUGGCUCUCAUUUUCUUAAUAACCACACUAGCCAUGGCCUCCGCUUCGCCUCAGAUGCCCAAUUUCAAUGAAGGCUAUCAUGGCCUCAAUGACGAGCUGUGGAAACUGGACCAGCUGUUCAGAAUCGGCGACCGGGAGAUGUACGAUCGAAGACAGACACCUGGUGCCGCUGCCGGUAUUCCUACUCAGGUGUUCAUCGAGAUGUACCUGAGAAGCUUCGGUUCCAUCAACCCCAUUCACAUGGACUACACAGUUGACCUGUACCUCCGUCAGCGCUGGCUAGAAUUUCGCUUCUUGAACAACACUUUAACGAGGCCCUUAGACCUGAGUGACCCCAUUCUGGUGAAAAUGCUAUGGAAACCCGAGGUCUAUUUCCCCAACGCCAAGGAAUCAGAUUUCCAGUAUGUCACAGUUCCCAACGUCAUGCUGAGAAUUCAUCCGGAUGGCACCAUUCUCUACAUUUUGAGGUUAAAAUUAACUUUCUCCUGCAUGAUGGAUCUUUCAAGCUUUCCCCUCGAUCAUCAGACGUGCUACAUACAAGUUGCCAGCUUCGUCAAAACAACCCGUGAGUUGGAGCUCGUCUGGUACAAAGACGACCCGAUUAAAAUCUACAAGAGACUGAAGCUUCCGCAGUUCGAGAUGAAAGAUAUCUUAGCAGGCAGCUGCUCUCUCUCAUUUCACAUAGGAAACUACAGCUGCUUGCAAGCCGCGUUCGAACUCCGGCGCAACGUGGGUUACCAUCUGGUUCAGUCGUACCUCCCGACGUCGUUGAUCGUCGUGGUGUCCUGGGUGAGCUUCUGGCUGGAUGUGGACGCCAUUCCCUCUCGGGUGACCCUUGGUGUGACGACGCUCCUCACGGUCUGUUCCGAGUCGACGUCUUUCAGGGAUAAGAUGCCCACAGUGUCCUACGUGAAGGCCUUGGACAUCUGGAUGGGGUCCUGCACGGCCUUCGUCUUCCUGGCCCUCGUCGAGUUCACCGUCGUCAAUCACCUGGCGAGACACCACCGGCGCUUCUUCUUCUGGGGGGCGGCUUAUGCCAGACAUUCGCUCAACGCUGCCCUGACCGGUGACGACCACCUGGACGGUUCCUUGUCUCUCCAUUCCCUUGGGAAGUCGUCCCCAGUGAGACAGUCCACUUUGACUACUACUACUACGUCUCAGACUCUGGCUUACAAUUCCCUUAGCAGCUACAGCAACCGAUCAGGAGGACCUUCGCCCGAAUUACAGGGAGGUUCAACGGGAGAGGAUGGCGGUGAAAUUUACAAAAUUGUUCCUAACGACAACUACCAGCGUUACCAGCAUCACCAAAACGACGAUUUUCAUCCUUAUACGGAAAGAAGUGGAGGGGAGACAUCCUUCUCGCAAGUCACUCGAAGGAGGCCAUCUUUGGGAGCUGUGCAGAGACCAGACAUCCAAACCUCUGCAUCGAGCAGUAGCUACCAAGAAGGUCUGGUCUUGCAACCCUGCCAUCACCUGAAGGGAAAGAGCACGCGAGAGACGCUCCAACCUGACCAGGGCACAGAGGGGAAGGGCGAGUCGAAAGUCCACAGACUCCAUUUCAAAAGUCCUCAGAGUGACCUAGAGUUGUCCUCUCUGCCUCUCAGAUGGAAGCAGGAAGCUCUGCUUGCUAAGAAAAUCGACAAGAUCUGUCGAGCCGUUUUUCCUAUCACAUUCGGUGUCUUCAAUGUCGUCUAUUGGGUUUACUUCAAGGUUCUGGAGUGAAGGGGAAGUUUUAAUGCUUUGAAGUUACCUUCAUGUAACAUCUUG